AUGUCUGAAGACGACAUCGACCUCGCCGGCCACGACGGACAAGGGCCCGGCCGAGUCGACCGCGACCGCCGGGCGCCCAGGUUCAGCUGGACGCCCGCCUACGAGGCCACCUUCUUCCGCAGCCUGUGCGAGAGCGUCCAGCUGGGCAUGCGAGAAAACAGCAGCUUCAAGGCCGAGGCCUGGGAGCGCGCCGCCCAGGCCCUGCAGGAACACCACGGCGCUUACCCGGCUAAAAGCCAUCUCAUCAACAAGAGCGACAAUGCUCGGAAACGCUUUCGACUGUGGCGAGGCCUUCGAGAGGACCCGGACUUUAUUUACAACCCCGUGUCGAGGACGGUGACGGCGACCGAGGAGGCAUGGAGAGCGCAUAUCGAGCGAGAGCCUUUGUCGCGAGCCCUCAGGGGGAGGCCCUUUGACCACGAGGAAUACAUGGAGGUGCUGUAUCCGGACGUGGUUGGGUCGGGGGGAGCUCCCAAGAGAAUCAUGAAGCCUCGACGAAAGACUGACGGCCAACCUUGCGACGACUCGGAGAUGCCAGGGACUGGCGUGUUGAAUCUUCAAACCGACCCGACACCGCUCAUAACAGAAACCACCGACGUGCCGAGCCAACAGCCGCCGCCGCACAAGAGUCCGCAGAAUCAAGCAUCGGCAGCUUCUUCAUCCGCUUCUGGAACUCAGCAACGACCGACUACAGCACCUUCGAUACCUCGCAAUCUCACCGCCGCACAAGGCGCAGCUCUGACGCCCCCUGAAGAGUCGGUUCCCCAGAGCCGGAAGCGUCCUUCACCUAUGGGUCCCCUACAGUCUGCCGGCGAUCUUGCUCAGUCAACCUCUGGGUCAGCUAUCCCACCAUCAGCACUUCCAACCUCGCCGGAAAAGCGCCGCCGACUGUCGUCCCGGGACGACGUUACUUCCAAUACAAGCGCAGCUACUCCAUUGCUUGGAUCGUCUGCUCUCCCGGUCCCAGGCACCAGAUCCACAGUCGAGCCUCGAUCGCGCCCAGAAACUCAGGUUGCCGGACUUCAGUCCAUCUUGGAGGAGCUUGUCUCUCUGUCAAAGGCGAGCAGGGCGCGUAUGUGGAGGGAGGAAGCUGUUGACCUACUAUUCAAAGAAUUCGCAACCGAAGACGCAGACGUGCAGAUUAAAAUUUCCGAGAAAGUGUUAAACGACGAGCACAAGGCCAUGGUGUUUUGCAAGAUGCCGUUGCAUCUGAGGCAGCACUGGGUCAAAAGACUUGGGGGCCUCGGAUAA